AUGACUAGAAGCAAGAUGGAGACCAUGGUGGAAGAUAAGAGUAGGACUAGUGGGGAAAAGGAGUUAGAAGCUAAGGGAGAAAAAGAAGAGAAGAAGACUCGAAGUGAGUUGGCCAGGGAAAAGAAGAAGGAGGUUGUUCCAUGUACAGGGAAGGAAGCACCAUAUCCCUUGGUGCCAUCUAAGAAGGACAAGGAACGACACUUUGCUCGUUUCCUUGAUAUCUUCAAGAAAUUGGAGAUAACUGUCCCAUUUGGAGAAGCCAUGCAACGGACGUCACUCUACUCCAAAUUUCUCAAAGAUCUGCUGACCAAGAAGGGCAAAUCCAUCCAGAGCGAUAAUAUUCUGGUGGAGGGAAAUUGUAGUACUGCUAUUCAGAGGAUACUUCCACCAAAAUACAAGGAUCCAGGGAAUGUCACAAUCCCUUGCUUAAUUAGUGUUGUGUCAGUUGGAAAAGCCCUUUUUGACUUAGGGGCUAGCAUUAAUUUGAUGCCUCUAUCCAUGUGCAGAAGGAUUGAAGAGCUGGAAAUCAUGCCAACAAGAAUGACAUUGCAGCUGGCGGAUUGCUCAAUUACAAGGCCAUAUGGUGUAGUGGAGGAUGUCCUGGUCAAAGUGCGUCAAUUUACUUUCCCUGUAGAUUUCGUGAUAAUUGGCAUUGAAGAGGACUCUGAAAUCCCGCUGAUUUUAGGCCGUCCGUUCAUGUUAACAGCCAACUGUGUGGUUGAUAUGGGGAAAGAUAAUCUUUAA